AUGCUUCCCCCGAGGCCGAAACCGCGCUCUGCGCUCGAUGCCGAACAAGCCGCUCCGCGUGCUAUGCCUACACCGACAUUCGCCGCGGGUGCACCACGACCGAAAUAUCUCAGUACUCACUCUGAUUCGUCUGCAUCUUCAUCGUCUUCUUCUCCCUCGACGGGUUAUUCUCCUGCCUCCGCACGGGCAGGCGGCUACGCACGUGCCGCAUAUGCUCGUCCGCCAUCAGUAGCAAGCACAAACUCUACCUUCAGCACACCGUCCAUCGGUAGUUCAGCAUACCCUAAGAGGGAACAUGUAAACGCCAAUAGCCCAACGACUGCUAAAUACGCCUACUCUCCGGGAUUCCUGUCUUCAUGGGGCUCAAUGGCCGAUUACAAGGAGGAGGACGACUUGUUACAUCGUCCUGACCCGACCCGGGACUACCAGAUCGACCGAGGAGGCAGCUUCCUGACCCGCCGCGGAUUCGCCAAUCUUGGCUGCCUCCUCGUACUCGUCGCGGGACUGCUCGGCCUCUUUGUACUAUUCCCGGCCUUGACGUUCUUCUCCAAGGUCCCCCUCAGUGCACUAGGCCUCGCCUCGCAAUCAGCAGCAGCCCAGGCAUCCUCACAGGUCAGAGGCACUGCGUUCGGGCGUGCGAAAGUGGACACGGCCACCCCGCUGGACGCCCACUCGCGCACAAGCUUCCAUGAUCCCACUCAGCAACUCCAGCUCGUCUGGAGUGACGAGUUCGAAGUCGAGGGCAGGUCGUUCUAUCCUGGAGACGACCCCUUCUGGGAGGCUGUCGACUUGAACUACUGGCAGACGGGUGACCUUGAGUGGUAUGACCCGGCAGCAAUCACCACUCGCAACGGAAGCCUCGAGAUCACUCUCUCCAUUCAACAACGGGAGAAUAACCAUGGCUUGAUCUACCGCAGUGGCAUGCUCUCGACCUGGAAUAAAAUGUGCUUCAGCGGCGGUCUCGUGGAGACGAGCGUCUCGCUUCCCGGCUUCAACGAUAUUGUCGGUCUGUGGCCAGCCGUGUGGACGAUGGGAAACCUCGGUCGUGCCGGUUAUGGUGGUUCGCUCGAGGGCAUGUGGCCGUACUCAUACGACUCGUGCGAUGUUGGCACGAUGCCGAACCAGACUUUCAACGGACAACCCGCCGCCGCACUCGAAGUUGGCGAUCCCGCGAACGGGAACGUGCUGUCGUUCUUGCAGGGUCAGAAGCUCUCCCGUUGCACCUGUGACGGCGAGAAACACCCUGGCCCCAAGCACGACGAUGGCACAUACGUUGGUCGCAGUGCCCCCGAAAUCGACAUCAUUGAGGCGACGAUGGGCGGCGCACCUCUCCAUGGUCAAGUCUCGCAGUCCCUCCAAGCCGCGCCAUUCAACUUCAACUACACCAUCAACGGCGACAAUGGAGCAGCGGCUGUUGCAGACGACACCAUCUCCGAGAUCAACUCCUACCGCGGUGGCGUAUUCCAACAGGCUGUAUCUGCGCUAACCGAUACGGACCAGACCGCAUACGAGCUCAAUGGUGCUGGAUACUCCGUCUAUGGUUACGAGUACAAGGGCGGGUUUGAUGACGCUUACAUUGCGUGGAUCUCAAACAACAAGGUAUCCUGGACGCUGCUAUCCGAGGCCAUCGGCGCGGAUGAGGAAGUCGGUAUCAGCGCGCGCUCGAUUCCUCAAGAGCCGAUGUAUGUCAUCGCCAACCUUGGUCUCUCGCCGAACUUCGGUACCCCGGAUUUCACGCACUUGAAGUUCCCCGCCACGAUGCGUAUCGAUUACGUUCGCGUCUACCAGCACCCGGACCAGAUCAACGUCGGGUGCUCGCCCAAGGACUUCCCGACCGAGGACUACAUCAACGAGUUCAUCGGCGCGUACACGAACCCGAACUUGACCACCUGGCGCGACGACUUUGGCCAGCCGUUCCCGAAGAACAGCUUCGCCGGUGAAUGCUCUGCUUGA